AUGGCUUUAGCAUUACAGAGACGAGCCAAUGUGCGAUUACCCCCCGAGGUUAAUAGAAUACUUUACGUAAGAAAUUUGCCGUAUAAAAUUUCUGCAGAAGAAAUGUACGAUAUUUUUGGAAAGUAUGGCGCAAUUCGACAAAUACGUGUUGGAAAUACACCAGAAACAAGGGGGACAGCAUUUGUUGUCUAUGAGGAUAUAUUUGAUGCUAAAAAUGCCUGUGAUCAUUUGUCUGGUUUUAAUGUCUGCAAUAGGUAUUUGGUGGUACUAUAUUAUAGAUCAAAUAAAGCCUUCAAAGGCAUGGAUAUAGAAAAGAAACAAGAAGAAUUGGAUACAUUGAAAAAGAAAUAUGGUAUUACAACAGAUGAACUACGGAAA